AUAGGAGAUGCGCUACUUGCGUUGCGCUGCCGCUCGUCUUUCGGUUGAGGAAAGAUUAUGUGGUCUCUUUCCGUAGAUGCUGAAGAAACAAUCUUAAAUGACACAAUCUUCAGUCCAUCACACCAGUUCAUCUAUAAAUACUGUGAAGAAGUCAAACAAGCAGCUGCUGUCACAACACAUUCAACUACUCUACUAUUCUGAUCCACUGUUGUAAUGAUGGAGUGUGUUAAAGAGGAGACUGAUCCUGAAUCAUUCACAAUAACAUCUCAACGUACUCAACAACAAAGAGGCCUAAAGGGAGUGAAAGAGGAAGUUCAAGGACAAAAUGAAAUGGAAGAUAAACUUCAGCACCACAAUUUCAUAAGUGAAGAAAAUUCUUUAAUUUGCUCACAAACUGAUGAGGAUUCACCUGAAGAAAGAGCAGAAGACAAAAUCUCUUUUGCAUGCCAAAAAGGACAUUCAAAUGUUGACACAAAGACUCACACAGAUGAAAUGCCUCAGUUUGAAAAAACUAUUGCAAGUAAAAGCCACCUUGAGAAUCAUUUAGUGAGUCACGCUGGUGUGUGGCCCUUCACCUGCCCUCAGUGUGAUAAGUGUUUUAAACAUCGAAGAACUCUUAAUACUCACAUAAAGACUCAUACAGGAGAAAAGCCAUACGCCUGUCCUCAGUGUGAUAAGGGUUUUUUACAAAAAAAAAAUCUUAUUGUUCACUUAAGGACUCACACUGGAGAAAAGCCAUACGGCUGCCCUCAAUGUAAUAAGGGUUUUAAACAUCGGACAAGUCUUAAUGCUCACAUAAAGACUCACACCGGAGAAAGGCCAUACGCAUGCCCUCAUUGUGAAGAGACCUACAGAGAAAAAAGGCGCCUUAAGGAUCAUUUAGUGAGUCACACUGGUGUGUGGCCCCACACCUGCCCUCAGUGUGAUAAAGGUUUUUUACAAAAAAGUCAUCUUAAUGUUCAUUUAAAGAAGCACACUGGAGAAAAGAAAAACACAUGUGAACAGUCCCUGAAAGAACAUAAAAUAAGUCAAACUGGCAACAAAUCUUUCUCUUGCCCUGAAUGUGGAAAGAGUUUUACACAAAGACAAACUCUUAAUAUUCACAUGAGGAGUCACAGUGGUGAUGGGCUUUACACCUGUCCUCGUUGUGGGAGGAGUUUCACAACAAAAACACGUUUUGAGAAUCACAUACGAGUUCACACUGGAGAAAAACCUUACAAGUGUCCACAGUGUGACAAGAGUUUUAAAGAGCGUGGACAUCUUCAGUAUCACAUACGAAUUCAUACAGAUGAGAAGCCUUUCUCAUGCAAUCUGUGUGAUAAGAGCUUUAGAUAUAAAGAAAAUCUUAAGCAGCACAUACAAUUUCAUACAGGUAAGAAGCCUUACUCAUGCCAUCUGUGUGGUAAGAGCUUUAGACAAAAACAAUAUCUUAAGCAUCACAUACAAAUUCAUACAGGUGAGAAGAAGCCUUUCUCGUGCCAUCUGUGUGAUAAGAUUUACAUACAGGAAAGAAAUCUCAAAUUGCAUCUGCUGUCUUACCAUUCUGUAAAAAAAAACUAAAAAUGCACACAUCGUAAGAAAUAAAGUAGAAGGAUGAGAAUAAUUGUGAGGAAUCAGUCACAAAGUUGAAGUUAUGCAGGGCUGGAUAUUUUAACAAGACAACAACCAAAACACUGCUCAAAAUCUACUACUCAAGCAUUUAUGCAAAGGAACAAGUACAAUGUUUUCGAAUGGCCAUCCCAGUUCCCAGACCUGAAUAUCAUGGAACAUCUGUGGGGUGAUUUGAAGCGGGCUGUCCAUGCUCGGCAACCAUUAAACCUAACUGAUCUAGAGAUGUUUUGUAAGGAGGAAUGGUCCAAAAUACAUUCAUCCAGAAUCCAGACAAUCAUUACCGGCUAUAUGAAGUGUCUAGAGGCUUUUAUUUUUGCUAAAGAAGGCUCUACUAAAUAUUGAUGUGAUUUUUUUUCUGUUGGGGUGCCCAAAUUAAUGCACCUGUCUAAUUUUGUUUUGAUGCAUAUUGCACAUUUUCUGUUAAUCCAAAAAACAUAAUUUUACUACUGAAAUAUUACGGUGUCGUUCGGUUAUUUGAUAGAUUAAAAUGAACUCUUAUGAGUUAUUUGUUCAUAAAUACAACUGUAUUAGUCUUCAUUAGUUGUCAUGUUUGUUUUUAAGUUCAUCAAGACAGAUGUGAGGUUUUGCAAUAUUUUAAGAUAAAACUCUCAAUGAUUAAUAAACCUGUCUGAUAAACAAAAUAAACCUGUCUAAUUUCGUUUUGAUGCAUAUUGCACAUUUUCUGUUAAUCCAAUAAACAUCAUUUUAC